CUGUAAAUGAUCAAGCAACCUGAAAACACAUUCUCAUCUCCGCCGGGUUUCCCAUCUACCCGACUCGGAGAACUUUGUCCUCUCCCUCCUCAAAGACACACUUUGAUAUCUUGAUUUCCCUUCAAGGUCCCGAGGCUCCACUGUGGCAUAACAGACACGCGGGACUGAGAGCACAGAGGAGAAAACACAUUUGGAGGGAUAUGUUGCCCUGUGGCUUGGUCAGAGGAUCCUCUCUACGGGGAAUGUCCAAAUAAAACCUGACUUUUAUCUCUUCGCUGAGACCAACAGCAAUCAGGAGCCGUUGUUUUGGUCCCGCUUGAGGCUGCUUCGCCCAGAUGGAUUAACUCUGAUUUGAUACUCGGGAAUUCCAAAAAGGUAUUUCAGUCUUUAAAGUGAAGAAACUUUUUUUCUUGUUUUACUUCAAACAAAGAAAGAUCAGAAGUUGGAUUUGAUUUUUUUUUUUUAAGUUAAAAAAAGGGAUAUGUGGACCAAAGACAUCAAAAAAGAAGACAAAACAUUGGCCUAAUGCAGUUUUUCCUCAAGAUUUAAGUUGGAUUUGUUUUUUUUGUAAACUGCUGUUUGGAGUCAAAAACACUUCUCUGAAUUAACCACCACCACACCAAGUUGCAGCCUGCUGCAGCCAUGGCACAGCGGAGGCUGGUGGACUACAGAGUCCACAGGGACGUCCUGGAUGAAGACGCAGUCAGUGAACUGGCAGAGAAGUCUGAUUCAAAAACGUCUCUGCGUAAGAAAGUCAAAGAGUCAGUGAGGUGCUCCGGUCCGAGACUGAAGAGCAUCCUGCUGGGUCUGUUUCCUGUGAUAUCGUGGCUGCCUCGAUACGCCGUCAGAGAAAAUGCUUUGGGCGACCUGGUCUCUGGAAUCAGCGUGGGGAUCAUGCAGCUGCCGCAAGGUAUGGCCUACGCCUUGCUGGCAGCCGUUCCUCCAGUCUUUGGUCUCUACUCCUCCUUCUACCCGGUCCUUGUCUACUUCAUCUUCGGCACAUCGAGGCACAUCUCAGUUGGAACGUACGCUGUGAUGAGCGUGAUGAUUGGAGGGGUGACGGAACGACUGGCUCCUGACUCAAACUUCAUGAUCUGGGACAACGUGACCAACGCCAGCGUCGUCGACACGGCUCUCCGUGAUGCAGAGAGGAUCCGAGUGGCUGCGGCUGUCACCCUCGUUUCAGGAAUCUUUCAGAUCGUGCUCGGCGUGGUCCAGUUCGGCUUCGUGGUGACGUACCUCUCGGACCCGCUGGUACGAGGGUACACCACCGGAGCGGCCAUCCACGUCAUCGUGUCUCAGCUCAAGUACACCUUCGGUAUCAACCCUGAGAGACACAGCGGACCGCUGUCCUUGAUAUAUACUGUGGUGGAGUUGUGCUAUCUCCUCCCGCAGACGAACGUCGGCACCCUCGUGGUCAGCAUCGUCGCCAUAAUUGGACUGAUUCUGGCAAAGGAGCUCAAUUCUUACUUGAGUAAAAAACUACCGGUUCCUAUUCCAGUGGAGCUGAUUGCUGUGGUGAUCGCUACAAUCGUUUCCUGGCAAGUUGAUUUAGCAGGAAAAUAUGGAGUGGAUAUUGUGGGAGAUAUUCCCUCAGGUCUGCAGCCGCCUGUGGUCCCAGACUUCUCUCUGUUUGGUCAGGUGAUCGGCGACGCCUUCGCUCUGUCUGUGGUCGGUUAUGGCAUCGCCAUAUCUCUGGGACGGAUCUUUGCCCUGAAAUAUGGGUACAAAGUGGACAGCAACCAGGAAUUAAUCGCUCUGGGUCUCAGUAACUCGAUCGGAGGGUUUUUCCAGUGUUUUGCCAUCAGCUGCUCGAUGUCUCGCAGUAUGGUCCAGGAGAGCACCGGAGGGAGGACUCAGAUCGCCGGAGCUCUGUCGGCAGUAGUCAUCCUUUUCAUCACGCUCUGGAUCGGGACUCUCUUUGAAGAUCUGCCCAAGGCAGUGCUGGCUGCUAUCAUUUAUGUCAACCUCCACGGUAUGAUGAAGCAGUUUUUGGACAUCCCUGCGCUGUGGAAGACCAACAAAGUAGACAUGUUGGUCUGGGUGGUCACCUUCAUUCUGACCGUGCUGCUGAACCCUGACGUGGGCCUGGCUGCUUCUAUCGGUUUCUCCUUGCUGACGGUCAUCUUCAGGACUCAGCUGCCGAGAUAUUCUGCAUUAGGACAGAUCCCAGACACAGACGUUUACAGGCCGCUGGAGGACUACACCCAGGUGAGGCAGGUGCCUGGAAUUUUGAUCUUCCGUUCCUCUGCCACCCUCUACUUUGCCAAUGCUGAGAUGUACCAAGAUGCCCUGGGAGAGAAGUCUGGCAUCGACAUCACAAAGAUCCUGUCGGCUAGGAAGAAACUGGAGGCCAAAAAGAAGCGACACGAGAAGAAAGUUGCCAAAAAAGCAAAGAAAGCUCUCAAGAUGAACGGCGUUGACCACUCUCCUUCCACCAAAGAAGGGGAAUCAGAGUCUGAGGAGCAGAAGGACAUCGCGGUCAUUGAGGUGGAGGCCGAGCGCGACCCCUCACUCCUGAGAGCCAUCGUUCUGGACCUCAGCCCGGUCAACUUCCUGGACACCGUGGGAGUCAAGACGCUACGAAACAUUCGGAAAGACUACGGAGAAGUCGGCGUGGAGGUGGUUCUUGCCGGCUGCCAGAACAUUGUGGUGGAAAGCCUGGAGUCUGGAGGGUUUUUCAACGAAAAAGUGACGAAGUCCUGCCUCUUCAGCACCAUCCACGACGCCGUUCUCCAUCUUCGGUCUGCUCAGACGCAGAGCCAACAGGAAAUAACAGGAACGUCUUUCUGAGUCCUGAGAGGAGCGAUGGAGGAUGUUGUGAAGGAAUAACUGCAGCAUCUUCUUCUGGGGCUUUCAGAUAACUGGAACCUGUCUACACACACACACACACACACACACACACACACACACACACACACACACACUGCAUGCCCUAUAUAUGUAUACGGAUGCACAACACUGUUUAUUUGUUUAUUUUAGUAAUUGUCUGGACUAUCUUGUGUUAACUUCAAAUUAAAGAGGAUUUUCUAAGUUAUAAUUCACUAAAUGAAUAAACUGUUUAUUUAUGAAAACCCCGCCGAUGCUCAUGUGAUGCCUGAAUGUCUUGUAGCUCCACUGAGUUCAUUUCCUUUGCAAACACGGUCAGGCUUGUUUUUUGUAAUUUUCCGAGGAAGACGUUUGAAUAUCGGAACACAUGCACAGGAAACCUUUAAAUCCUCCUGAAACGAUCUGGACUGAUGAAGCCGAUGACUCACAUAAGGAUUCAGGAUGUUCCCUUUUCCGGUCUCGCGCUGGGAUUAGCUGCCUGAUGGCUGUCUGUGCACACAC